AUGGUACAAAUUUAUUUUGAUGAAGAUGAUAACUUAAUGUUUAAUGACUUAUAUCUUAAAGAAAUAAAACAAACAGAAUUAGUACAAUCCACUCAAAAAAACGAAGGUCAAUUAAAUUUGAAAAAUAUAUCUGAAAGAUUUAUGAUUGAGAAAUUUGUAUGUAAAUUCACAAAUGCAAAACAAUGGAUAGACACAUUUGAGAGUGAAUGCAAACGCUUUGAGGUUAUAAUAGAUGCAACAAAGAUAGAAAUAUUGAGACUAUUCUUGGAUAAAUCAUGCGUGGACUGGCAUUCAGCAACACUGAAAACUUUGAAAAUAGAAGCUGGCUGGUUGGAGUGGAAAAAUAAAUUUUUGUAUUCAUUCGCUGAUAAAGGAUGGAGUACAGGAAUAUAUGCCAUAUUUUACAAAUAUAAGGACGGAUCACUGAUGGAAUAUGCCAUAAGAAAAGAAAAAUUAUUAUUAGAUAUGGAUGAAAAUAUUGGUAGUAAAAGUCUAAUGACACUUAUAGCAGCUGGUUUACCUGAAUUUAUUAGAAAUAGAAUUGAUCCAGAAAAGUGUGAAUCCUCAACGACAUUGCUUCAUGAAAUAAGUAAGUGUGAAAAUUUAGUAAAUAAUAAAAGCUAUAUAAAGAAAAGAGAAGUAAAAGAUGAUAAUAGAAAAUAUGUUGGAGGGAAAAAACCAUGCAAAAACUGUCAAAUUUUGAAUAAAGGUACUCGAUACCACCCAGAAGAGUCUUGUUGGUUUAAAAUAGAAGGAAAGGAGAACAAGGUUAUUGGAAGUAAUUCUGUAAUAGAAGUGGAUCUUUGUAAGGAGAAAAAAAACGAGUAA